AUGACAACGCUAACCAUAGUCAACCUAAACAAGCGGGCCUUGACCGGCCCCCACAGAUGGUUAUUCUGGCUCCUCAUAUUCAUCCCCGUCUUUGCCAUUUUAUUCGCAUUGCUCGCAUGGAGAAGGAAAAGAAGAAGCAAGGCCAAGGUUAUACCGGUGUACCCGCAUCAGAAUGUCGGUGCUCCAAUGUACCCCAUGCAUGGGCCACCUCCCGGUGGAGCUCAUUACUAUGCCAGUGGGCCUAGUUAUGGACCAGUGCCUCCUGGAGCACCUGGAGCACCUGGUGCGCCUGGUAAUUAUAACUAUGUGCCUCCUCCUUAUAGCAAUGGAUACGAGCCUCAGCCUCAGGGCGAUGGCAAGACUAGCUAUGCUGCUCCUGAUGGGCCUCCCCCUGUUCAUACUUCUAGGUAG